AUGGCUACACAACAAGAGGCGACACUAAGGGACUCCCUCAACAGAUGGAACGAGAAUCGCACGCAGCAUUCGCAAGGUUUUAAUGAGGGUGCUAAAACGAUCUUUGCAUCAUGGGCUGACUCUCUCAACGGCAGAGCUAAUGAUUUGUACCAGCGGUUGCCAAUGACUCAGCAGGAUCUGAUUCAAGAUCAAGAGCCCGCAUGGUUCUCGCUGUCUCGAACUGAGCGACUACUACUUUUCGUGUGCUUCAUUUUAGGCUCCAUUGGCUGUUUCACGCUCUGCGUGUUCCUGCUGCCUGUACUUGCAGUGAAGCCGCGCAAAUUUGGACUUUUAUGGUCUAUGGGAUCGCUGUUAUUUGUUGGUGCAUUCGGUGUGCUGCAGGGUCCUGUGGCAUAUGCGAAACAUAUUACGUCGCGCGAGCGCUUACCCUUUAGCGUAUUUUUCUUCACUACCUGUUUCUUAACGAUUUACUUCGCGGCAUUCCGAAAGUCAGCACUCCUGACCAUUCCAUGCGCAGUGCUUGAAUUAAUUGCCGUAAUCUACUACGCCGUCAGCUAUUUCCCCUUCGGCGCCUCUGGGUUAAGGAUGGUCAGCUCGGUUGGUAUAAAUCAAGCUAGAGGAGUUCUCAGAAUUUAA